AUGGAUCUCCUUCUGAUUAUCGGCGUUGCUGACUCGAUUGUGUGCGGUGCGCGCGUGGUAAUCGACGCCGGUGGAGAGGGGAAGAGGGAGUACCUUGAUACCGGUGGGCGAUUGCUAGCUGCCUGGAGGAUUCGUCGCUUGAGAGAAAAAGGGAAUUCUACUACUCUGUCCGGCCCUAAAUACUUGUCAGAACUGAUGAGGUUCAUGAGACAGCAAGGCCAAUUUGCGUCAAAGAUCACACACAGAAAUUUCUCCAAGAAAGGAGUUGGGCUUUUGCUUUCUAGAACUCCGGUUGGAAUUUCGAUUAUUGAUGCUUAUGUUGAUGGUGUUGGAGUCAUUGAAAGUGUGCCAAAUGCAGAAUUAAAGGCUGACAACCAUUAUCAAGGACCCUUUGAUGGUAAACAGCAUAAUCUUAAUAUUAACAAACAAACAGGACUUGGAUAUCUCACAAAUGAGGCGGGACCAUAUGCUUUCUGA